AUUUCACUCGCACCAGCUGGAAAUCUGCAACUGCAGCCUCUGUCCUUUGGAGAAGGCAUAUCAAUUGAUCUGUUACCACCAAAGGAACUGAGAUACACAUCAUUUGUGAAUUAUGACUCAAAACGUCACUUCAUUCAAAACGUGGCCCUCCAGCUAUGGGGCCAGGGCCUCGAACACUACCAGCAGACAAUAGUUGCUUUGCCGCACAGCACUUGGCGCCACUACAAGACCCAGCUGGACUUCCAGCCCCGCCAUCGACCCCACCGCUAUAAGAGCACCACCAUCAUCUACCCCAAGAAAACCAGCACUGUCUAUGUAACGGAGCUCAGCUACGACUCCCACCGGCUCUCCAGGCGUUUCUUGUCCAGUGUGGAGUUGGAGGUGGUUGGCGGCAGUAGACUGCCUCAGUGAAGAAGGAGGAGAUCUUGGCUCCAUGCUCCCCCUCUGAAGAUGCACUGAAAGUCAGUUCAAGCUCAGUUGUUGAUUUCUACUUAGAACGAUCAGCAACAUCCAUAGACUCUAUUUCUUUUCCUCUGGGUCACUGUUUUUAUUUUUUUCAAGCCGACCUGAGUGGGCUGGAGGUAAUCACAGUUAAAGCAGCUGUGCCCCCCUCUUUAGGCCUUUUAAAACUCAAAAUCUAAAUAGGAGCAUCUACCAAAUACUCUUAUUCUAGUGUUUCUUUUUCUGGUUUACCCUGAUGUUCCUGCUUGAUCAGAGAGCUUCUUUCUGGAAGGAGGGGGCUGUGCUUGCUUUGAAGCUAAUGUGGAUGUUUGCCACUGAUCUGUUGUGUAGCUUCCUUUUGGUCUCUUUCCAAAGCUAAAGAUUGGAAGGAUCUGCUCAGCCAUAGCACAGAUAAGAAUGGGUUUAAGAUUGUUUUUCUAUAUAUUUAUGGGCAUUUAAUUGAGGCGGGGUAAACCCCGCACAGGUCGCCAGUCUAUGGCAGGGCAACACAACCAUGCACACACACACACACACACACACACACACUCUUAAGAACAAAUUAGAGAAGACCCAACAGUCAUGUUUGUUGACUGUGGGAGGAAGCUGGAGUACUCCCCAUAUUCAUGCAGAAAGACCACUUUUAAAUGCUUUAAGGAGGCAUUUCUUUUCAGAAAACUAAUUAGAUCAGUGUAAUUAGUUUGGAUAUGAGAGUAUUAUUUAGCAGGUUACCUAGGACUUAAACAGCUAACAAAUGAGUUCCAUGUUCUGUGCAAAUUGAAGUCCUUUUCCAAAGCCUUGUGCAUUCUUGUUUUUAUUUUUAGAGAACUCUGUGUUUAGGUGCACAGCAUAAAGUAGAGCUCUUCACAUGACUCAUUCCAAGCAGUAUGCAUGUACCACUCUGGUGUUGUGCAUGCUAUGAAGAUGUACUGUUUGUUAGUGUGUACGUUUUGAUUAACCAGGUAGCACAGAUGGCACCUAAGUAAGGUAUUCAUUAAUAAGUGCGCUAAUCACUGGCUUAAAACAUUCCACUACUUUUCUAGCUGUUGUGAUUUGAUUUUUAAAUUUGUAUUUAUUCAGGUUGAGAUUUUAAAUGCUAAUAAUUAUACCCUUUCCAUUUCUGUUUUUUGUCAAUUUCUUUUGAAAUGCCAUAUGUUUUUGUGGCUUUUUAAUUCAAUCACUUGUUGGAUGUGUAGUUAAAAUAAAAGGAACACAUGUUCA